CGGGGAGCAAGUCGGAGGGAGCCUGGCCAAGCAGAGGGUCGCGCUGAGCUGGGGUUACAAGCUCAAGGCAGGAAUUUUGACACUCUCAAGAGACUGGCUCUGCCCCCGCGGCUCAGCUGACCCUACAAUGCGGGCUCUGCCCCUCCGGGCCAGGACCGGAGUUUUAAAAUAAGAUGGAUGAUGUGACGUUACUUGAUCUUCUGGAGUGCCCCGUGUGCUUUGAAAAGCUCGACGUCACAGCCAAGGUCCUCCCUUGCCAGCACACCUUCUGCAAACCAUGUCUCCAGAGGAUUUUCAAGGCCCGCAAGGAGCUGAGGUGCCCCGAGUGCAGGACCCCGGUGUUUUGCAGCAUCGAGGCGCUGCCGGCCAACCUGCUGCUUGUGCGUCUCCUGGACGGCGUGCGCUCGGGGCAGAGCUCCGGGAGAGGGGGCUCCUUCCGCCGGCCCGGCCUGCUGACCUUGCAGGACGGCAGGAAAAGCAGGACUAACCCCCGGAGUCUGCAGUCCAGCCCUUUCCGGCUCGUCCCUAAUAUCAGAAUCCACAUGGAUGGGGUGCCUCGAGCAAAGGCCUUGUGCAACUAUAGAGGGCAGAAUCCUGGUGACCUGAGGUUUAAUAAGGGAGAUGUCAUCCUCCUCCGGAGACAGCUGGAUGAGAACUGGUACCAAGGGGAGAUCAACGGAGUCAAUGGGUUCUUCCCAGCCAGCUCUGUGGAGGUCAUCAAGCAACUGCCCCAGCCACCGCCGCUUUGCCGGGCCCUCUACAACUUCGACCUACGAAAUAAGGACAACAGCGACAACCAGGACUGCCUGACCUUCCUCAAGGAUGAUAUCAUCACUGUGAUCAGCAGAGUGGAUGAAAACUGGGCCGAAGGAAAGUUAGGAGAUAAAAUAGGCAUCUUCCCAAUCUUGUUUGUUGAGCCAAACCUCACAGCGAGACACCUGCUAGAGAAGAACAAAGGCCGUCAGCCAUCCCGCACAAAAAGCCUGUCUCUGGUGUCCUCAUCCUCCAGAAGCAAAGCCACCAACACACCCACACUCCGAAGGGGCCCAGGGUCUAGGAGGAAGGCACCCGGGCAGUUCUCCAUCACAACAGCCUUGAACACCCUCAACAGGAUGGUCCAUUCUCCCUCGGGGCGCCACAUGGUGGAGAUCAGCACCCCAGUGCUAAUCAGCUCCAGCAACCUCUCCGUGACCACUCCGCACAUGGAGAAAGCAGAUGUUCCCCCCGGCUCUGUGGGACAGGUCAGCGCGUAUCACCCCACACCCACCUCCCCAGGACAGUCCACAGCCAUCGUCAGUCUGCCCGGCUCCCAGCAGCACCUCUCAGCUAACAUGUUUGUAGCCCUGCGCUCCUACUCAGCCCACGGACCCGAUGAGCUGGACCUGCAGAAGGGGGAAGGCAUCAGGGUCCUGGGGAAGUACCAGGACGGCUGGCUCAGGGGCGUCUCCUUGGUCACCGGGCGAGUCGGCAUCUUCCCCAACAACUAUGUCAUCCCCAUUUUCAGAAGGCCAUCUAGUUUUCCAGAUUCCCGGAGCCCUGGUCUCUACACCACAUGGAUGGUAUCAACCUCCUCUGUGUCCUCCCAAGGCAGCUUUGCAGAAGGUGAUCCCCGACAGAGCCGUCCCUUCAAGUCCGUCUUUGUACCCACCGCCAUAGUCAACCCCGUGAGGAGCACAGGCGGCCUGGGGACUUCGGGACAGGGCUCUCUUCGGAAAGGGCGGAACAGCAUGAGAAAGAAUGGAUCCCUGCAGAGACCCGUCCAGUCAGGGAUCCCCACCUACGUGGUGGGCUCCCUCCGACGCAGCCCCACGAUGGUUGUCCGGCCUCAGCAGUUCCAGUUCCACCAGCCGCAGAUGGUCUCCUCCUCGCCCUUGGCGGAGAUGGGACCCAAGCCGGCUCCCAUGGGGGAGCCCGCCCUCACGUGCGUCAGCAGGGGCAGCGACACCCGGAUCCACUCAGCGGCCAGCUCCAUCAUCAUGGAAGGCAAGGAAAUCCCCGUCAAGAGCGAGCCUCCACCCAAACCGCCUGCAUCUGCCCCACCGUCGAUCCUGGUGAAACCAGAGAACUCCAGAAACGGCAGUGAAAAGCAAGUCAAAACCGUGAGAUUUCAGAAUUACAGCCCUCCUCCCAGCAAGCACAGCACCUCCGGGAAGCCUGACCAGCCAGCUGCCCCCAAGGGACCCCAGCCGGACGCCGGCCCCCUGGGCCCAGAUAUGACCAUCCUAUUCGCCCACCGAAGCGGUUGCCAUUCGGGACAGCAGACAGACCCCCGGCGGAAGUCAGCCUUCGGCAAGACCGUGGCCCCCGCGUCCGCUGCCUCAGCCACACAGACCGUGUUUCCCAGCAAAUGAGUCUACGGGUGGCUUUUCCUAGACCCCAAAGAGACCCUGCCUUGGUAAUCUUCCCAGGAGGAGCUGACGACAACUGGGAUACUGAUGAGAACAAGUGAUCUGAUUGGAUGGAAACUGCUCAAUGGAGAGUUUGUGGACCAUGGGAUUUGCUUGGACAUCGGGGAUGGUACAAGAAUAUCAAUGGACUGGCCUCCAAGACAGAAGCGUAAUAGGAGAAAGAACAAAUAUGUCUCCACCCACAGUAUCAACGGGUGGUGGGCCAGGAGAGUGAAAAGCUAGCAUGUCAUAUGCUGUUUCAGGUUACUCCGUUCUGUGGUCAAAGCCAAACGCGAUCUUGCCAAUUUCUCACACCUCGGCACCUAACUGACAUGAACGACUGGACAUCAAAUGCCUUUCAGCUCUGUGCCUGGCCUAUCACUCCAGCUCAGAUUUCGAGCAGCACAGGGGAGAGCAGAACAUUCUCUGGGGUGUUCAAGCAAGACAGGCUGAUGCAUCUUCAGGGUCCCUGUCCUUCACCCCCUCCCCUGCCCGACUCCCAACCGAGCACCCUACUGCCUCUGCCGCAUCGUCAUCCUCUUCCAUUCCAGCUCCACUCUGUCUCCUCCUGCCACACACUAAUGCCUUCAGACCCAGAGGGCUUCUGUUAGAACAUCCUGGUCAAGGAAACAAGGCCCUGGUACCUAAAGACUCUCAGAUAAGAAAAAUCCAUCAUGGCAUAAGAGAGAUGCCACAGACUGCAAUACUUACAGAGAGGCCAUUUCGGCUCUAACGAUAUAAAAGUGCAUUCUUUUUUGUUCAGAAAUAAGUCAUUUUAACGGACAAGUCAUUAGAAGAUAGCCUACCCCGGUUUUUAAAAAAAUUGUAUACUUUUAAAUUGUCUGUGCUAACACAGAUAAAUGCAACUCACAAAUACCCUGAGGCUCUUUGAAUCAUAUGUUUUCAUCUUCUCCAUUAACUUAAGACAUCCAUAAGAAUUUCAUUUUUAAAAGCACAUGCUGCCCUGAUAACCAAAGACAGUGACAAGAAUGCAGCAUCAUUAGGAUAUGCUGGUGGUUUUCAAGUUCAGGAUCAUAACUUGGCACCGAAGCAUCCUCGGGCCUGCUUGUAAGCAGGGGCAACCAUCAGCCAAAGCUUGAGCAGAGAGAGGACUGUGCUUUGUGGGUGCAGACAUGUUUUUCUGCUACAUAAAGCCAGCACUCAUCCCUUCAUGGGGUGAGUAACUCGGACUUCUUAAGCACACCCCUCCCUUGGUUAACCCUAGGGGAAUGUGAUAAUAAGCAACAAGAAGCCCCAAAGUAUUGGCUUUACCUGCCAAGGGGUGCGUGAGAAAGCAGGAGGUAUGAGGAGACCACAAAAAGGAUAAUGCAGUGAUGACAUCUUCUUACACAUGGUCAAUGACGAUGCUGCCAGUUGUCCGUCAUCCCUUUUCUCUGAACCGCUGGCACUAAAACAUUGGUUCCAUUUCUUCUAGGGUGAAAUCAGGUUGGGCUGGCUCCUCGCUAGCCUCAGCAGCAAUGAAUAUAGAGAUGCUGCCUUCAGAUCCUGGAAUCUGCCUGUUGCUACUAUGAGGCCUUCCAGCGCACCUAUAAUUAGGUUUCAAUGACUUCAUUUUCCAGGGUAAAGUCAUUGAAUGUCAGAGUUGGAAGGAAUUUUAUUUUAAUUGAUGAUACACAGACUGGUUAAGUACAGGUAGGCUGCCCACAAGUUUUCGUCAUAGAACGAAAGCAAGUUCUAUAAACUGGGAGAGACAACGUAACUCCUAAUCCCCAGAAACCAUGAGACCACGCUGGCUGAGCACAGCUUCAUCUUCAAGCCCUCUCGUUCAGGCUUUCUUUCUGCAUUGGCUUCCCCUCUCAUAUUCGGAGCAACUGGAAACCACCGCUCCUAUUCUUUCCAUUUGCUGGUUUUGAAGUGUCUGGGAAAUUUCCAAGGCUUAUGGUGGAAGGUUUUGCGGAGAGUUAGCUUGUCCUCUGAACCUGCUUAACCGACCAACCAUUAUUUUCUUAAAAACACAAAAUGAAGAUUCUGAUUUCUUCCCAGCCAACCCCAGGAGGUGAAGAAAAGCUCCCUCAUUUCCUAAAGUUUUCAUCUCUGGACUGUCGGUUCCAGCAUAUAGAGUCCAAAUGGUUAUGAAUCAAAAGGCGGUGGGGGUU